GUUCCGUGCGAACAAACAGCAGAGAGGUGACAAAAUCAACAAGGCGAGGCUGACCGCAGCGCUCCUCGGCUCCGGCAGCUCCGCACGCAGCCUCCGGCUGCUGCAACGAGGCCGAGCCUCCACGAGAAGCCUUUGCUCCUCCAGCUCCGAGAGACACCAGAGGCACCUCGCCGCCCUCCCCAGUACUCGUCGUGCUCCUCUCCAGAGCAGACCUGUGUCUCCACGCAUCCCCGCGAGAUUUGCUGCAGCCUGAAGGCCACAAGUAGCCGCGGUGCCGAGCUGCGAGAAAGGAAGAAGAAGGGGACGAUGUCCGGGGCUCCUUGGGGCGAGGCGCAGGCAGGCAAAGCGCAGCAGGACCCCCCCGCUGCAAUUAGGAGCUGCAAUUAAAUUGCAGUCCGCGAGCAGGAGCCCAUCGAGCUCCGUCCCCUCGCCAGGCAUCGCCUCCCCUUCCCUCUGUGCCUCCGCGACCCCAGACGACAGCCAGGCUCCCUUGUGCCGUGUCGAAGCCUUUUGCAGGAGCCAAGAGGCGACCGAGGAGUGUGGGCAGCCCCAGGCGGAGAUGUGCAGCCUGCCCGGGGUUCUCCUGCUCCUCCUGACAGGAGCCGCCUCUGUAGAGGAGCUGCAGAUCCAGCAAAGCCCGGCAGAGCUCUGGCUGUCCCCUGGGGCGACGGCGGAGCUGAGCUGCAACAUCUCGGGCAGCCCAGAGCAGGCCAACUGGUACAGGGAGAAGCCUGACGGCAGCUUGGAAAGGAUUUACUGGAGCGCAGCGGCCUCGAAACCAAAGGGGAGAUACUCAGGGACGGUGAAAGAACUGUUUUUUUUCUCCUUGAAUAUCAGCGAUGUGCAGCGUGAGGACUCUGGGUAUUAUUACUGCACCUCCUCUGUGUUGCACUCCCAGUUUGGGAACGGGACCAGGCUCCUCGUCACAGAUGCCUCCGAGCCCAAGCUCUCCAUCCUGGUGCUCGUGGAUGCAGAGGAGCCCUCGGACUUUGUCUCCCUGCAGUGCCACCUCCCCGGCGCCUGGAACCUUACCUGGGUCUCGGCUGAGCGCUGGGACGGGGCCAUGAAUUGCACGGCCACGGAGCGCGGCACGGGCAGGAUCGUCAGCGAGACCAUCGGCACGGCAGGAUGCUUCCUGUGGCUGCUGGCCUUCGUGCCGCCCGGCGCCGCCGUCCUCGCCUUGAUGUGGUGGGCAGCCCGGCUGCGCCGAAGGCCGGCCCGCGCGGUGCUGAGACGGGGCCCGGAGGUGAGCUGCUUCCCCAGCCCCCGGCACGAGGCUGUGGGCACGGCAGGAGGAAGGAGCUCCCAAGCAGCCCGGCCGGGGGCUUUGGCGCGGGCAAAGCAUCCCCUGCAGCUGCAGGCGCAGCCCCAAGCGCGCGGCUUCUCGCUCUCUCUUGCAGCCCGAGUGCGAGUACGCGGCGCUGGGGCACUGAGAAGCCCUUUCCCCGCGCCCGCCCUGCCAGAAGCCGCUCACGCCUGCGGUCUGCGAGCAGCGAAAACAAGAGAGGAAAGGGAAAGUGGGGGGAUCCUGCGCUCUGCUGCAUUUCCCUGCUGGGCUGCAUGGCAGAGGGGGAGGAGGAACGCUGAGAGCGCUGCGGGAAGCUCGAUAGCCACGAGGAAUUGCAUGCAGAUAAUAAAAUCAUGAUUUCUUCGUAAGCAA